AGACCAGCUGAAUGUGUAACGCGCGCUUAGCCUUAAAACCUGCUAUCAAACAACUAUUUUCAAGCCAACAGAGAGCUAGUGUCAGUCAUGUCUGACGGCCCAGGGGGUUUUGAGGUGGAGGAGGAUGAUGAAUGCUGGGCACAGCUGGAAGACUACAGAAUGCUUCUUAUCAAGACCAUUGAGCCCUCAAGGAUAACACCUUAUUUGAGACAGUGUAAAGUGCUGAGCAGCGAGGAUGAAGAACAGAUCUACAACGACCCCAGUCUGGUUAUCAGACGCCGAAAAGUUGGGGUGCUGCUGGACAUAUUACAAAGAACUGGCCUCAAAGGAUAUGACGCAUUUCUAGAGAGUUUGGAGCUAGACUACCCAGAUGUAUACCGCAAAAUCACCGGCAAAGAGCCUGCUAGG